AGUUCUUGCACAGGCUGGUCUGCUGGUAAGACUUAUUCUUGAUGCAGAAAUCUAUAUUUUCCUUAGGUCUGCACUCUACAAUUUGUAGAAAGGGGAGAUCUUAGAAUUAGAGUUAAUUCACUUGGUUGGAUUGCCAGGAAUAUAUUCUUUACCAGUUCUGAUUAUUGAUAACAGAUAGUCCCAAUUCUAAAUAAAUAAAAAUAGAUAGUAGCAGUGGAGUUUUGGAGGAAUGAAAUAUUAAAUAUCUUGAGACAACCAAGGCUUACUAGUGCAAGUGUUAGAAGACAUCAUUUGAAGUGUACACAUCUUCCUACUGUAGAUUAUUAGUAACUUUUCUGGAUAUGCAAGAUCUCUGUUGCUCCUGUAUAGCUCACUUAUCACCAGAAGGUGGAUUAGGUGUAUGCUAGAUCAUUAUAAUCAUUCCACCUAUUCAAUCAAAAUUGCAAGAGUUACAGCGUCUACAGUCUAACAAUAAGUCUUUCUUGAAUUUCAUUCGCAAAUCAUGUGUUUUCCAUAGAAUUUCUUCAAUUUCAUACAAUUUUUUGUAACUACAUCCCUAGGAGUUAAUUGUAAUGUUUAUUCACUUAUGUUUUGUUUGCUUCAUGUUAUUAAUUGUAUCCCCCUUCAUUGUUUUUCUAGUUUUACACCCCAUCUAAAAAGUUGUGGUUGUGACCAGCAUCCUAGACAUGUGGAUCCCCUAAACAUCACUGCUAUGGCUUGCCCAGCUUUGCCACUCUGCCCGCUAGCCAUAACUGAAGCUGAACGCGGAAUGCCUAGACUCCUUAAGCGUGUUCGAGCUGUCUUUGAGAAGUUUCUUUCUCUUUCCUCCCUCUUUCUUUUGCUACUGUGAACCCACACUUGAAACCACCUUUGAUUUUCCUCACCAAAUCAAUUCAUCUUCUUCCCCUUGAUUUUCCUCACCCCUUUCACCCCUUUCUCUUCUAGAUCUGUAUGUUCAUCGCCCAUCACUUGCGCACCGAAUAGAUCCAGGACCACUGCAAAUCAAAUCUCAAAAUCUACCCCAAUUCGCGGGAAUAUGGCUCUUUUAAGUAGUCUAGAAGAUGCAUUGUCAUCAUCAAACAAAAUUGUCCCUCCGAGGCUUUUGAACCAAGCAAUUGCUGGGUUCAAUCAAACCUAGCAAAGCUGUUGGGUUCUUCCUAACGCAGCAGGCCGUUAGGUUCAAUGGGAAGAAAGGGAAGAGAUGUUAGGGUUGAAAGCUCCUGGGUUCCAAGCUGCUGUUAACAUGAUAGGGUUUGCAAAAGUUGAGGAAAGAGGAAAGAGGAAAGAGAGGAACAAAUAAAAAAAAAAAAAAGCUAAAAAAAGGGAAAAUUUUAGGGUGGAUGAGUUGGAAUUACAGUGAUAAAAUUUUUGGGCAUGUGAUUUGCUUUUGUCAAGUUCGUCAAUUUUUUGUGUGCACAUCAUGCUUGUUUUUGUCUGUUAAGGUGAAAAAAUGAAUAGAAGGAUUAAGU